GAGGCGGCCCCCGAGGACGCGGCCGCCGGCGCCGGCCGUGCCGCACUCCAGCGACGACAACAGCAGGUCGCCGUCGCCGUCGCCGCCUGCGACGACGACGCCAGCGGCGAGGUCGCUGAAGGACGGCGCAGCAGCCACGGCUGCGCAUGCGCCUGGCCGCCGCAGCCUGCAGCGCGUCGUCUCGCUUGAGGUGCGCACCCCUCGGCGGCCAGCUGACCCGGGAGGUAGGCAGGGACAGCACGUUUUCAAUGCCUGAAUUAAUUUCUGAGAUGUUUCAAGGAAAUGUCUCAGUAAAACUGCUGAAUAGGAGACUGCAGGAAAGUGCACCGACUAUAGUACAAGACAGUGUUCCAGAAGGAAGUGAAAACUGGGAAUCGAAGCGACCACUUUUGACACGCCUAUCAACACUUCGAGAGAGUUUACUUCAAAAACAACAAGAAUGGGAAGUUUCUCGGAGUCAGACACCAUACUCAGAACAGUCUUGGCAGUCAUAAUGUAUUUUCACAGUCUUGGACAAUGGGAGUUGUGUGGCAUUUGAAAUUGGGAAGAGGGAAAAGUCACAAGGAGCCAGAUCCAGUGAAGAGGGGAUCUGUUCUUUGAAGAAAUAGAAACAUCUUGCUCAAAUAAAACUAUGGAAAUGGAAGCUAUUGGAUUGUGAAGACCAGUGAUGCUUACUUACAUCGCAGAUGAUCAUUGAACAGCACAUAAUAAUUUCUGCAAAGACUUUCAUGUCAUCCUAUGAACAAGUUUUCUGUUAAUUUGGAAGGUGACUGUAGUAGAAGAGAUUUAUAUGUACAAGAAGAUUAAUAUUUACAAACCUCUUGCAGUGAAUUGAAACAAAAGAAUUAAGGAUGAAUCUUCUUUCUGCUUAAUAGCAUAUGAUAAUUUUGUUAACUUAUUCAUUAAAUAUUAAAGUAAAGAAAAAAACAACAAAAUGGCAACUAUAAAGCUUGAUGAUCUGCUGGGGAAAAAGAAGGAAGCUCCUCAAGUGCUGGACCUGUCUCGUAGUGUAGUCCAGUCAAAGGAGGACAUGCGAAAAUUGAUGGACAGAGUUCCAGAAUACAAGAUACGUCCUGAAAAGGUACGACAUGAAGAGAUCCGAAUGCGUGAAAAGGAUUUUACAUUUCGACCACAACGAAGAGAAUUUCGCCGACAGGGAGAAUACUCUUAUGCAAACCCUGUCCCUCCUGACAUGCGUUCUGUUGCACUGGAAGAUCUGAGCCCUGUUCCAAUUGACUGGAAAAUGCUCACUUCAGUAAGGCCACGUUCAAAGGUUGAUGAAGAACUAUUUUCCAGACUGGUGCUUCUUGGAAAACUACAUCUCUACACUGCUGCUCAAGAGUCCCAGAACAAACCAGAAAAUCUGAUAAACCGAGUGAAGAAUCGAGCUGGUAUUCUUGAUUCAAGACCUCCAGUCUGUCUAGAGUGUUUGGAGGAGUUUUGUCAUGGAACUGCCUGUCAAGAUUUCCUUUAUGAUUCCUUUUUUCGCUGUGAUAUAAAUAAAGAUGAAGAAGAUGUAAUGAAAUUAAAUGGGAACUCUGCAUCUCGGUCCAAGAACCAGGGAAAGAAACAUAGAGGCCAAAAGGGAAAGGCCAUGGGAACAGGAACAGGUAAACGAUGGAAGAAAGGAAAGAAGAGGCGAAAAAAAAGCAAAACAAAUAAUACAGAAGAGAAAGAAUAGUGGCUUUGGUGCAAACUCAAUAUCAAUAUUAUUAACAUUAUUUUUAAAUGUUCUUUGUUAGUUGUACAUCUAGUUAGGACCUACUUUUUGAGGAAAAUUUUCCAAAUAGAAAUGUAUCAGAGAAAAUAAAAAAAAAUGUAGUGCCUUAGCAGAAAGAACACAUAUAAGCAAUUUUAGAGACCAAAAAGUAUCUGAUAAGAUAAUAGCGUUCACUUACAAACAGAUGCAACACAUAAAUCUUUAACUUCCAGAAAGAACUAAUCAGAUGCUGAAAUCAAACUACGUAUCAGUAGUAGGGCAAAUACAGGAAGUAUUCAUUUUAAGAUGUGAGUUUCAAGCAAGGUCACUUGCAAUGGGAAAAAAUACAUUACAAUUAAUGUUAAGUCAAAUGCUACUUUACAAAAAUAAAAACAGACGUAAAAAAAUGUCAUAUUUUAAUUACACAAUGGC